ACCCCGGAACUGCGGUGGUCGCAGCAGGGGAGGGUUGGCGUGUCGCUGUCUGAGGAGUUCGGCCGGCUUCUGAGGGAGGGGCGGUGGUAUCCCGCAAGGAACCAUGAAGUUGAAGGAGACAAAAUCAAGGCCAAGGCCACCAAGCUAUGGCAAAUUUCAGAGGAAGGGAAUCAAAGUUGUGGGAAAAUGGAAGCAGGUGGAGAUCGACCCAAAUAUGUUUGCAGACGGACAGAUGGAUGACUUGGUGUGCUUUGAGGAACUGACAGAUUACCGAUUGGUCUCCCCUGCCAAGAAUUCCUCCAGUCUCUUCUCAAAGGAGGAGCCCAAGAAGAGAAAGGCACAAGCUGUUUCCGAAGGAGCAGAGGAAGGAGAGGCUAGCUCCUCAAAGAAAAAGAUAAAGUUGAAGAAGAGUAAAGAUGUGGGAACUGAAGGAACCAGUGCCCCGGAAGAAUUUAACGUCAAAGAUGCUGAGCCAGAGCCUCAGGGAGAUGGCACAGUUUGUCCUGAUCCAGAGGUAGGGGAGACAGCAUCAGAAGGCCCGACCCAGACUGUGCCGAAAAAGAAGAAAAAGAAAGGGAAAAAAAAAUCAGAGCCUUCCCAGGGUACUACUCCAAAGGUGCCCAAAAAAGCAAAGACAUGGAUGCCUGAAAUGCAUGAUCACAAGGCAGAUGUAUCAGCUUGGAAGGACCUGUUUGUACCCAAGCCGGUUCUCCGAGCACUCAGCUUUCUGGGCUUCUCUGCACCCACACCAAUCCAAGCUCUGGCCUUGGCACCUGCCAUUCGUGACAAAUUGGACAUCCUUGGGGCUGCUGAGACAGGAAGUGGAAAAACUCUUGCCUUUGCCAUUCCAAUGAUUCAUGCAGUGUUGCAGUGGCAGAUGGAGAAAAAGAAGCCUACCCCAGCCCUAGGUGACACAGGAGCCCCACCUGGGGAGACUAGUACUGAGACUGGAUCACCAAGCAGGGCUGGAACUGAGGCUGGAGCUUUGCCUGAUGAGAUUGGAAUUGAGGAUAAAGCACUCCCCAGUGAGGCUGGAGCGAAGGCUAGAGCAUCACCCAACCAGGCAAGAGUCAAGACCGGAGCUACCGUCUCAGACCAGAUACCGCCUUCCUGUGAUGAUGAUGAUGCUGGUGAAGGACCUUCUUCCCUGAUCAGGGAGAAGCCCAUCCUUAAACAGGAUGAAAACGAGGAAAAGCUUGAUGGAAAGCGGACUGGAAAGUUAAAACAAGAGUUGGGUGGCAAAAUUGCCACCUCUCAAGCACCUCCAAAGCGUCCUCUGCUUGGACUGGUUCUGACUCCCACUCGAGAGCUAGCCGUUCAAGUCAAACAACACAUUGAUGCUGUGGCCAAGUUUACAGGUAUUAAAACUGCAAUUUUGGUUGGUGGAAUGUCCACGCAGAAACAGCAGAGGAUGCUGAACCACCAGCCGGAGAUCGUGAUUGCCACCCCAGGCCGGCUGUGGGAGCUAGUUAAAGAAAAGCACCCUCAUUUGAGCAACCUUCGGCAGCUCAGGUGCCUAGUGCUCGAUGAGGCUGACCGGAUGGUUGAGAAAGGCCACUUUGCUGAGCUCUCACAGCUGCUAGAGAUGCUCAGUGACUCCCAGUACAACCCAAAGAGACAGACACUUGUUUUUUCUGCCACACUGACCCUGGUACAUCAAGCUCCUGCUCGAAUCCUUCACAAGAAGCAUGCAAAGAAAAUCGACAAAACUGCCAAACUUGACCUGCUUGUGCAGAAGAUUGGCAUGAGGGGCAAGCCCAAGGUCAUUGAUCUCACAAGAAAUGAGGCCACGGUAGAGACACUGACAGAGACCAAGAUCCAUUGUGAGACUGAUGAGAAAGACUUAUAUCUGUACUACUUCCUGAUGCAGUACCCAGGCCGCACCUUAGUGUUUGCCAACAGUAUCUCCUGCAUCAAACGCCUCUCUGGGCUCCUGAAAGUCCUGGAUAUCAUGCCACUGACCCUACAUGCCUGCAUGCACCAGAAGCAGAGGCUCAGAAACCUAGAGCAGUUUGCCCAUCUGGAAGAUUGUGUUCUCCUGGCAACAGAUGUGGCAGCUCGGGGCCUGGAUAUUCCUAAAGUCCAGCAUGUCAUCCAUUACCAGGUCCCUCGCACCUCGGAGAUUUAUGUCCACCGAAGUGGUCGAACUGCUCGUGCCACCAAUGAAGGCCUCAGCCUGAUGCUGGUUGGGCCUGAGGAUGUGAUCAACUUUAAGAAGAUUUACAAAACCCUCAAGAAAGAUGAAGAUAUUCCACUGUUCCCUGUGCAGUCAAAGUAUAUGGAUGCAGUCAAGGAACGAAUCCGUUUAGCUCGCCAGAUUGAGAAAGCCGAGUAUCGGAACUUCCAGGCUUGUCUGCACAACUCUUGGAUUGAGCAGGCAGCGGCUGCCCUUGAGAUUGAGCUGGAAGAAGAAAUGUAUAAGGGAGGAAAAGUAGAUGAGCAAGAAGAGCGUCGGAGACAGAAGCAGAUGAAGGUCCUGAAGAAGGAGCUGCGCCAUUUACUCUCCCAACCGUUGUUUAAAGAUGGCCUGAAAACCAAGUAUCCAACUCAGUCAGGCAAGCUGCCUGUGCUAGUGUCCGCCCCCAGCAGUGGUGAGUCCGCGCUGGGCUGCCUGUCCAAACAGAAGAAGAAGAAGAAGAAGAAGCCGAAAGAGCAGCAGCAGAGACAGCCGCAGCCAAGCUCAAGUGCAGACUAACCACCCCCAGGUCAGAGUCUGUUGGUCACCGCACAUCGUGUCUGUGUUCCUGGUUGUGUGGAAAAACCUUCCUGCCUUUCAUUUCACUCCACUGUCAGCCCCAGGUACAGAAAUCUCCCUAUUCUACCCCACCCCUUGUAGCAAGAGAGACCUCCUGCAGAUGUGUGUUGUUGCAGAGACUCCUGUGUAGCAGCUUAUGUGUUUCUGCGUUCCAGUGUUUACAGGCUUCUUGUAUGGUUAACUUGAUUCCCUCAAUUAAAAACAAUGGUCACAA